UUUAUCUGAAGUCUGUUUGUUGACCAGAGUCAAAGUUUAUCUUUGUGAUGGCUGGAAAACACACAUGGUUGUAGUUGAAGUAAUGUAAACUAAUAAGAAGCUACUAACUUGAUAGUUAGGACUGGGCUCCUCGAUUCUGAUGGGUCACCUGUCACAUUGACUGAAAACUGAGGAUGAGUGGUUGUGUGGAGGAAGAGAACAAAUCAGAGUCUCCAGUAUCCACCUGUGUGUCCAAACAUCAUCCUCGGGACUUCAGUGAUGAAGCUGGACCCUCAGACAUAAAGAUGGAGGGCAGACAAAACAGCGCGGCACCUGACAGGCAUAAAGAAUGUCAAGCCGUAGUUCAUCAUUUCCAUCCCAGCUGCUCUGCUCAAAGUGGAGGCAGUGUGGUCGCUCCUUCCAUCAUUGGCUCUGAAGUUGGCAACAUAAGCAUCAAUAUCAUCUCAACUGCCCAAGGGUCUGUCACUUCUUCAAAAGAAGCAUCAAACUAUAACACUGCAGACUGUGGUGCUCUACAGCCCCAAACAGAUGGUGAUCUGCAGAAGGUUUUAAAUACAUAUACGAAAUCUCUGAUAAGGAGAUGUCAACUCGUGACUGAAGGAACUGAUGAAGCAGAAAGUGAAACCCUCCUCAAAGCAAUCUACACUGAACUCUACAUCACACAGGGAAAGAGUAAAGAGGUUAAUACCCAACAUGAGGUGUGGCAGCUUGAAACAGCUUCCAAGAUAAAGACCCUCCAUGACACUCCAAUCAAGUGCCAUGACAUCUUUAAAGUCUUACCUGACCAACAGAAACACAUCAGAGUCGUUCUGACGAACGGCGUUGCUGGCAUUGGAAAAACCGUCUCAGUGCAGAAGUUCACUCUGGACUGGGCAGAGGGCUUGGAAAACCAAGAUGUCAGUCUGGUGAUUCUGCUUUCGUUCAGGGAGCUGAACUUGAUCAAAGAUGAGCAGUUCAGUCUCCUCAUGCUGAUCCAUGAUUUCCAUCCAACAUUAGAGAAGGUCACAGCAGAGAAGCUUGAUGACUGGAAAGUUUUGUUCAUCUUUGACGGCCUUGAUGAAAGCAGACUCUCAUUGGAUUUCAACAACAGGAAGGUCGUGUCUGAUGUCACACAGAAGUCAUCAGUCAACGUGCUGUUGACAAACCUCAUCAAGGGGAAUCUGCUUCCCUCGGCUCUCAUCUGGAUAACUUCCCGACCUGCAGCAGCCAAUCAGAUCCCUCGAACAUGUGUUGACAGGGUAACAGAAAUACGAGGCUUCACUGACACUCAGAAGGAGGAGUACUUCAGGAGGAGAUUCAGUGAUGAAGAGCUGUCCAGUAGAAUCAUCUCACACAUCAAGACAUCCAGGAGCCUCCACAUCAUGUGUCACAUCCCAGUCUUCUGCUGGAUCAUUGCUACAGUUCUGGUGCACAUGUUGACUACAGACCAGAGAGGAGAUCUGCCCAAGACCCUGACUGACCUGUACUCACUCCUCCUGCUGGUUCAGACAAAGAGGAAGAAACACAAAUAUGAUGAAGGACAUGAGACGAGUCCACAGAAGCUGACAGAGGCUGACAGGGAUUUUCUUCUGAAGCUGGGGAGGCUGGCGUUAAAACAUCUGAAGAAAGGAAACAUCAUGUUUUACAAAGAAGACCUGGAGCAGUGUGGUCUUGAUGUUACAGAGACCAUGUUGUUAUCAGGAUUUUGUACAGAGAUCUUCAUCAGAGAGAAUGUGAUCUUCAAGAAAACAGUCUACUGCUUUGUUCAUCUGAGCGUUCAGGAGUUUCUGGCUGCAGUCUACAUGUACCACUGUUACACCAGCAGGAACACAGAGGAGGUACUGGAGGUCUUCGAGGAAGAUAAUGAUUAUUUUGAUGGUUUUGAUGAUGAUGGCGAUGAUAGUUAUUAUUUUCGUUAUCAUUAUCAUUACCCAUCUCUGGAUAUCUUCCUGAAGGAUGCCAUGGAGAAAUCUCUCAGAAGUGAAAAUGGCCACCUGGACCUAUUUGUUCGCUUCCUUCAUGGCCUCUCUCUGGAGUCCAACCAGAAUCUCUUAGGAGACCUGCUGGGUCAGACAGAGAACAGUCCAGAAAUUACCCGGCGAGUCAUUAACAACCUGAAGGAGAUAAACACUUGUUAUAUCUCUCCUGACAGAAGCAUCAACAUCUUCCACUGUUUGAUGGAGAUGAACGACCGCUCAGUACAUCAGGAGAUCCAAGAGUUCCUGAAGUCAGAGAACAGAUCAAAGAAGGAACUCUCUGUGAUCCACUGCUCAGCUCUGGCCUACAUGCUGCAGAUGUCAGAGGAGGUUCUGGAUGAGUUUGACCCGCAGAAGUACAACACAUCAGAGGAGGGACGACUGAGACUGAUCCCAGCUGUGAGGAACUGCAGAAAGGCUGUACUUUCGCACUGGGGACAAUUAUUCACUUGCUGGGAAGUUGUGGCCUCAGCUCUGAAGUCCAACCCCUCCCAUCUAAGAGAGCUGGACCUGAACUCCAACAGUAUGUUCGAUUUUAAAGUGGAGAUGCUGUCUGCUGGACUGGAGAGUCCAAACUGUAGACUGGAGACUCUGAGAUUGAGUAGCUGCAGUUUGUCAGAGAUCGGCUGUGCUUCUCUGGCCUCAGCUCUGAAGUCCAACCCCUCCCAUCUGAGAGAGCUGGAUCUGAGCUACAAUGAGCUGCAGGAUUCAGGAGUGAAACUGCUGUGUGAUUUUCUGGAGAGUCCACACUGUAGACUGGAGACUCUGAGACUGAGGUGCUGCAAUUUGUCAGAGAACAGCGGUGCUAUUCUGGCCUCAGCUCUGAAGUCCAACCCCUACCAUCUGAGAGAGCUGGACCUGAGUCUCAAUAAGCUGCAGGAUUCAAACAUAAAGCUGUUGUGUGAUGUUCUGGAGAGUCCACACUGUAGACUGAAGACUCUGAGAUUGAGUAGCUGCAGUUUGUCGGAGAUCAGCUGUGCUUCUCUGGUCUCAGCUCUGAAGUCCAACACCUCCCAUCUGAGAGAGCUGGAUCUGAGCUACAACGAGCUGCAGGAUUCAGAUGUGAAGCUGCUGUUUGAUCUUAAAGAGAGUCCACACUGUAGACUGGAGAGUCUGAGAUUGAGUGACUGCAGUUUGUCAGAGAUCAGCUGUGCUUCUCUGGCCUCAGCUCUGAAGUCCAACCUCUCCCAUCUGAGAGAGCUGGACCUGAGUAAAAACAAGCUGCAGGAUUCAGGAUUGAAGCUGCUGUGUGACUUUCUGGAAAGUUCGCAAUGUAGACUAGAAACUCUGAGAUUGAGUGACUGCAGUUUGUCAGAGAUCAGUUGUGCUUCUCUGGCCUCAGCUCUGAAGUGCAACCCCUCUCAUCUGAGAGAGCUGGAUCUGAGAGAGAACAAGCUACAGGCUUCAGUAGUGAGGAUGCUGUGUGAUUUUCUGGAGAGUCCACAUUGUAGACUGGAGACUCUGAGAUUGAGUGACUGCAAUUUGUCAGAGAUCAGCUUUGCUUCUCUGGUCUCAGCUCUGAAGUCCAACCCCUCUCAUCUGAAGGAGCUGGAUAUGGAUAAAGAUAAGCUUCAGGAUUCAGGAUUGAAGCUGCUGUGUGAUUUUCUGGAGAGUCCACACUGUAGACUGGAGACUCUGAGAUUGACAGGCUGUAAUUUGUCAAAUAUCAGCUAUGCUCCUCUGGCCUCAGCUCUGAAGUCCAACCCCUCCCAUCUGAGAGAGCUGGAUCUGAUGUACAGUUACAAGUUGGGGGAUUCAGGAUUGAAGCUGCUGUGUGAUUUUCUGGAGAGUCCACACUGUAGACUGAAGACUCUGAGAUUGGGUGGCAACGGUGUGUCAGAGGACAGAUGUGCCUCUCUGGCCUCAGCUCUGAAGUCCAACCCCUCCCAUCUGAGAAAGCUGGAUCUUAGUAACAACAAGCCACAAGAUUCAGGAGUGAGGCUGCUGUGUGAUUUUCUGAAGAGUCCAUACUGUAGGCUGGAGACUCUGAGCUUGAGGGACUGCGAUUUAUUGGAUGGCUGCACUUUGUCAGAGAUCAGCUAUGCUUCUCUGGCCUCAGCUCUAAAGUCCAACCCCUCCCAUCUGAGAAAGCUGUAUCUGAGUGCCAACAAGCCACAAGAUUCAGGAGUGAGGCUGCUGUGUGAUUUUCUGAAGAGUCCAUACUGUAGGCUGGAGACUCUGAGAUUGGAUGACUGCAGUUUGUCAGAGAUCGGCUGUGCUUCUCUGGCUUCAGCUCUGAAGGCUAACCCCUCCCAUCUGAGAGAGCUGUAUCUGUGGAGAAACAACCUGCGGCGAUUAGACUUGAAGCUGCUGUACGAUCUUAAGAUGAGUCCACACUGUAGACUGAAGACUCUAAGCUGGGGGGGGGAGUGAACAUCCAGGAAUGUGUUGAUCGAGGAUCAGCUGUAUCCUGAUGAUCCAUCUGGACCGGUCUGGAUCUGGAUUUUGUCAUCUUCACUUAAGUCUCUCAACUUACUACAAACUGAAUGGUUUUCUCUGGAUUUUGUGGAGUCAGCACUUUACAAAUGUGUUAUACAUGAGCUGUUUGAUGCGGAAAGCAUUAAAAAAAAAACAGGUGUUAUUAUUCAGACUCUAACCCUGGGCCCAUAUUUAUCAAGCGUCUCAGAAUUCUGAGAGUUAACUGAGGACUAAAACUAAUUUAUGUAGCAGAGGAGAAUUUACUCUUUCAGCAGGAGAGGGAUUACUUCUGGGAGGGAGUGAGACGUUGCUGUUUUACCACAGUCAGAGCAGCAAAGUAGAAAUAAUGAUGAUGUGUUGUAGUUUUUCUCACAGAAAUAAUGAUGAUGUGUUGUAGUUCUUCUCUUCCACUGUCCAAUUGCUCUUUCAACUACACCCCAAGUUAACUUCUGUUCUCUACAUGAAGGUAAAUAAACUGUAACAGCAGAAACAUAUAUUGUUAUGGUGCAUCCUUCUCUCUCAAAUAUCAGGCUGUAGCUCUAUUUGAAGUAGCCUAAAAAAUGACAGAAAAAAAUAAGCCUGUAAAAUAUUUGAGCUGUUGUAAUGAAGUUGAGAUAUCCUUCAUUAUGUAGCUGACAUGAUUGUGUUCAAAUAAAAGUUUUAGUGGGCUUUCACUGAGGACCCUCGUCAUGCUCAUUAUCUUUACGACGUGCAUUAAGCCAGAUCAAAGUUUGUCAUGACUUCCAUCAUUGUUGCUUCUGACAGAAUUGUCACUGUUGCACAGCUGCAUUUUCCCCGUUACCAUAAAGUGUAACAUUGUGAGGACGUUCUGUAUUUAUUUAAAUGAUGUUCUGUAGAAACAUCAUGUGUUCUCCUCUGCAUCACACACAAAGUCAGUCUCAAAUUAUUCUGUUUUUGUCCAAACAAACUUUUAAUAAGCUCAGUGUCAUCAAGCGUUCCCAAAACAUCUCUCCUCUCAGGGAAUAUCUCUGCCUGGACUCCAUCUCCUGCAGCUCCUAAAUAUUGGCAGAGAUACGAAUCAUUUACCAAGUUUGGAAAGUUGAUAAAAUGCUUUUUUCUCCUAAAAGUAGGACUAGAGAUGUGCCACUCUGAUCAUUUUUGGCCAGUUAGGAGUGAUUUCCUGCUCUGAGAUGCUUGAUAAAUAUGGGCACAGACUGUACUGACAGAUUGGAUGUCCACAAAUUUCAUUCAAUUAAAUUGUGAAACAAUUUAUCAUUGGUUAAGAAACCCUGCAUGCAGGUCAAAUCAUAUCUUGGUUCUGUGGUGAGAAACUUUGUAUUUUUUGAUUCCAGUCUAAGUUUUGAUGAUCAUAUCAGUAGCUCGUCCAGUCCUGUUUUCACCAUUAAAACAUAUUCAAAUAAUAUCUAUAAAACCAGCACAGAACACUGCUGCUGUCAGACUUUGAACUAAAAGCAGGAAAAGAGAUCAUAUUACUCCAUUUCUAUCAUCACUU